CCGCUCUCAUGAACUGAAAUAACUGAAACAUAACUGCACACAUCAACACCAGACAAGUCUUUGUAAAGAUGCCAACUGUAUUGUCACCUUCACCCGAAAUGGACAAUAUGAACGAGGAUAAAACUGUCAACUCAAGGAGACUAGACAAGUGGCGUUUUCGCUGCCCUAUGUCACACAAACUGAACUCCAGUGAGACACUGCUAUGGUCCCAGUCAUUGGAAAACCUUCUUAGAUCAAAAUAUGGCAUGGCAACGUUCCACGCCUUCCUCAAGUCCGAGUUCAGUGAUGAGAAUAUUGAAUUUUGGCUGGUCUGUGAAGAUUUCAAAAAAGUCAGGACUUCAUCCAGGCUGACGUCAAGGGCCAAGAAGAUAUUUGAACUUUACAUCAAGGCAGAAGCUCCCAAAGAGAUAAACAUCGACCACAGAACGAGGGAGGUCAUCAAACAGAACGUUCAAGCUCCAACUAAACUGUGUUUCGACGAUGCCCAGAAGAUCGUAUAUGGUCUAAUGGAGAGGGAUUCAUAUCCCAGGUUCCUUCGCUCAGACAUCUACAGAUCUCUUCUGGAGUCAGUGUCAGAUAGGCUCAAUGGCUGAACAUCUAAAACAGACUUUAAGACUCCAGAGACUUUUGUUGGAUUGUCGGUGCAAUGAGCGUGAUGGCCAAGGAAAUUUCUUUGGGCCUGGAUUUGCAUGGGACAUCAAGCUCUACAUAAACUCUUGUAUAAGCUACCGUUUUUAUCAGCUGUAGUACACUGCUCCACUGUUUAUGACAAAUGAGCUUUCUGUAGGUGUGUUGAACCACAGGAGCUCAUGAAACAUUUGAAACAUUGAUCCUGUGUUUACACCUGGUAUUGACAUCUGUCUCAUCGUGGAUAUCGCUAUAUACGGGUGCACACGGGGUCCAACAUAUUUUGGGAUCAGGUCAAUUGCCGCAUACUACAUUUGGACAUGGUUGUAAAUGUAUGUGACCACAUUGCAUUUUUAGAGUAAACGCUAUUGUGUAUUAAGUCAUUCCGCUCAACAGUUAAGGAUGGCCUACUGUACUUGCCUGUCAAAUGAUUUUUUUUGUGCUAAAACAAGGGUUUUAACUUUGCUUGUUACGUACAGCUUUGAUAAAGAAUAACUAUUGGAAAAGUCCAUACAUGUACUGUACAUACGUGCAUAAGAAUAUGCAGUGAUACUUGUAACAUGUCAUAAAUAUAUAUGUGAAGGACGCAUUUGAAAUUCAUUUAAUACUGCUCAACCUUAAAUACAGUAAACAUUCUGUUACGUUUGCAGUGAGAUUAAGAACAAGACGUAGCUAUAUUGUAUUUUGAAGAAACAGUGGGAGAUAUGCAUGUAUAGAUGUAAGCUGGGCCUGGGCCUGUUGGACAGAAAUAUCCUGUGAACUUUAUUUAACAAUUUGUACAUAAUAAAUCAUGACUGUCAAAUUUAUGUUGAAAGCAUAAGAUGGCUUUGGAAUGACGUUAAUACCUUUAUAUUAAUUCAAUAUGCAACAGUAGGAUGUUGGAUAAUUUCAGAAUUCCUACCAAUCAAAAAUAUUCCCUGGAUGUUUCUACUUUUUCAAACAUAUAAUAUUGUUUUAUACUAACUGCUAGACAAGCUUAUUAAGCUCAUUUUAUUUAAUAACUUGAAUCAAUUUUAUUUAAUAACUUAAUAACACAAAUGAAAAUAGUAGUUGUUUUGCUUGUUUUUUUGUUAAAGAUAUGUGGUCCCCACAUUUUAAGUGGUCCUAAAAAUGUUGGACAAUAGUAGCUACAAAUGUCAUUGUAUUAAAUAAUAAAAUGUUGUAC